AGAGUAAGCUGUACUCUGUGUUCUUUUGUGUGUUAUUGUGUUAGUGCUACGAGUAACAGAUAGUCUGGAUUUUAGAAUAUGUUUUUGUUUUUUUCUUCUCAAUUUUAAUGUUAUCCUUUGACAAUUACCAUUAUCCAAAUAAAAAUUAAGGCUUUUCAACUUUAAUCAUAAAAGUUUGUGUUAAAAGGUAUAAAAAAUAGUGUUAAUUGGCAGUAUUUUGACAGUUUAGGUGUAAAUUGCAGCUAAAACUAAGUUGAAACAAAACAAGUACACAGGAUGACAGCACUCAGCAGCUGAUGUCAUGGUGAUGUAAUACCACAACAUAAAGUAAAGGCCAGAUUAUCGGAGAUUAGUGUCAUGAUAAGAUGUUGAAGCCUUCACUGGGCCAGUGCUACUGGUGGACACCAAACUCAAACUAAGUUGGGAUAGCCUUUCGUAUUGUAAAAUCCUAGGAGACCACAAGGCAUGAACUAUAUUGGCAAGUUCAUAUCCAAUUUUCAAAAGUUCUACAGCGAGAUCAACUCUGCAACAUUAACAGGAGCCAUUGAUGUGGUAGUAGUCAAACAGCCUGAUGGUUCAUAUAUCAGUUCUCCCUUCCAUGUUCGUUUUGGGAAAAUUGGAGUUUUACGUUGCCGGGAGAAGGUGGUGGACAUAGAAGUGAAUGGAGAACAGAUAGACAUUCAUAUGAAACUCGGAGAGUCUGGUGAAGCAUUUUUUGUUGAAGCAGUAGAAGAAGAAACGGUUCCCAGUGAGUUGGCAACUUCCCCUAUCCCAUCAUGUCCAGAUAUUGGUCAAGAAUUACGUAAUUUAAAAGAGUUCAGUAAAAGCGAUCAUAAAGAAGUUGCAUUGUGUCUUCCUGGAAAUGACAAACCAGAAAAUGAUUAUUUUGGUGAAGUGGAAACAACCUUUACAGUGCAGGAUUCUGAUCAGUUUAUCCAUGGUAUGGUGACAAAUGAACAUUACACUACUCAGUUUGGGAGUAGGGAUGUUGAAGUUGAAAGACAAGAAAUUUCUGCUGUUGGUUUGUUAUCCCAAGAAGGUAUUCAAGUUGAAACCAAUUUCCAAACUACAGUUGUUAAUACCAUACCAUCAUCUCAGUCUGGAAUUCUAACAGUCCCAAUAAUCUCUAGUUGCCCAACUAGUCCAUCAAAUAAUUUUAACCUGAGAGUUCCCAAUUUUGUGCCAAUAAAAAAGACCUUUGAUGAGUUAUCAGUUGGUGUACAAACUGAUAUAUCACUUGGAGGCCAUGAAGACACUCAUAGUAACCAGUUUAAUAGACUGUUAUCAGGACAGCUGCCUAUGGAUGUUACAUUUAACAUAGAAGAAGAAGUCAAAACAAGAAAGAAGCGAAAAAGAAAAAUUGGCAACAAAAGACGACCUCGUAGUCAAGAAGUUAUCAGUCAUUUAGAACGAAGAGAUUCUUUGGAAUAUAAAGUUGGUUCUUCUCAAGAGCAUUGUGUGCCUGAUGAUGAUGUUGAUGACAUUUUCAAGAUGGAUGAUGAUUAUUUAGAUGAUUCCAACAAUCUUUCAACCUUGUCUAGGUCAGUCACUCUGCCUCUUGCUAAUAACAAACUUGCUCUUCCUGAUGUUGAGUGGACAACACGUAGAUUUUCUGCUAGCUACUUGGGAGAUUUUCAUCCUUUCAGUGAUGGUGAUAUUACACCAAUCAUGAGUCCAACAAAACCCAGACCACCUAGCCCAAAGUCUGAUUCUGAGUUUGAGAUCCAGAAAUAUGAUGCUGUGAGUCAGACUGAAUCAGACACAGUUAGCUGGAAAUGGGGAGAGUUUCCAAAGGUGCCCCAGAGGAAUCCAGAAGAAAAAGUCAGAGUUUUAUCAUCUUUAGACUUAAAAUCUGAAGUACUGUCAUCUGAUGAGGAAGAACUUCCAAAGAAAUCUGAAGGAAGUGAUGAGAGAAAGUCACUACUUGGAGGUGUGUUGAAUUUCAUGAGAACAACAAAAAAAAUGCAUCAUAAACCUGAAUCUGAAGGUAUUUAUCUGGAUGAUCUCAAUCCUGAUAAUUUAAAUCCUGAAGUAGCAGCUUUGUACUUAUCAAAAUUCAGGUCCCCUAUCCGAACAAUUCAACCUGGCAAAGGAACUGAAAGUAAAGAUGAGGAUGCUGAAUCGGGUAAUGGACCCUCAUUGCCUCAGUCUCCUCUGAGUGUUGAAGGUGCUAUCAGUGGAUCACAGUCAUUGGAUAGUGACUCUGAUGAAAGACAUUCUGUUUUUGAUAUAUGUUGCAAAUAUUACACAGAUUUGGCUUUAUCCUUGUGUGGUGGAUUACAAGACUAUGGAGAAGAUAUAUCUUCAGAAAGAUUCCAGAAUUUCUUGGUGACAUAUGAUGAGAUUUGUGAGAAUCCGAUAUUGUUCCAGAACUCAGAUUUAGUAGUUAGAAUGGGUGGAAAGUAUUACAACUGGCAGACAGCAGCACCAAUGAUUAUGUCUCUUGCAACGUAUCGUCAGCCCUUGCCAACUAAAUCAGUUGCACAACUUGUGAAUAGCCAUAUGCCAAAGAAGAAAAAACAAAGUUCCUACUCGUGGUGGUCAUGGAGACGUCCAGUUGAGCAAAAUCAAGGACUUGAAAUCCAAACUGUGAGGACAGACUUAGAAAGUGUUGGCCACAAGAGAACAUUUCAGAUUGAAGAAGGUAAUGCUUAUUUACAAAUCCAAGGACAAGAUAAGAAAGCAGAAGGAUUGCUGCUCUCAGAAAAUAAACCUUCCAGUAUUACAGUUGUCACUUGUGAAUCAGAAGAGGCUGUAAACAUACAAAGAUAUGAGAGGAACAAAGCAAAGGAGGAAAUAUACACAUCAACAUCAAGUGAAACUGAUACAGAGCUAGGUUCAUCUGUUUUGGAAAAAGAAAGAAUUCCAUAUGAGAAAAGGAUAUACUUUGAAGAAAAAUACAAGAAAUCUUUGCGUUUGUCUUCUGAAAAAAUUUCUAGUCUGAAGCUGAAACCAGGGGCUAAUGAAGUAGUAUUUAGUGUUACCACAGCCUACCAAGGAACCACCCGUUGCAAAUGUCACAUUUAUUUAUGGAAUUAUGAUGAUAAAAUUGUUGUGUCAGAUAUUGAUGGAACCAUCACAAAAUCUGAUGUUCUUGGUCACAUACUACCAAUAAUUGGGAAAGACUGGGCUCAGUCAGGAGUUGCUACUCUCUUCACUAAGGUAAAAAAUAAUGGGUACCAGUUCCUAUAUCUGUCAGCACGUGCUAUUGGACAAGCUCGGGUCACCAGGGACUAUUUACGUAGUGUUAAGCAAGGCAAUGUUUGUCUUCCAGAUGGUCCUCUACUUUUGUCUCCUACAUCUCUUCUUAAUGCACUCCACAGAGAGGUCAUUGAGAAGAAACCUGAAGUUUUUAAGAUAAGUUGUUUGAAAGACAUUCAAGCAUUGUUUCCAACAUGUGUAUCAAACCCAUUAUAUGCUGGAUUUGGUAACAAAAUUAAUGACACGUGGGCAUAUAAAGCAGUUAAAGUUCCUGUGUCUAGAAUCUUUACAAUUAACCAUAGAGGAGAAUUGAAACUAGACCUGAUGCAGAAUUUCCAGUCUUCAUACACUAGCUUGAGUGAUGUUGUGGAUUACAUGUUCCCUCCACUCCAAAGUCAGCACCGAGAAGAUGGGCGGUUAGAUCCCUGUUUCACAUCUGCUGAAGAAUUCAGCUCUUUCACCUAUUGGAGAUCUCCACCCCCACCCCUAAAAGAUGAUGAUAACUUCUUGCAGACAUUGCAAGGAAAAGUAUAACCUAUCUGCUUGAUUACAGAAGAUCAAGUAAGCUGACUGUGGAGUUCCAGUAGCAAUUUUGCCUCUAUCCGAGAAUGAUAAAUUUCUGGGAAGUAAGGCUGCAGACAUUAACUCUAUCCCAUCUGUUCCAGUGUAAUAAUUUCCAGAAGGAAAGGAACAAGUUUACUUCCUAAGACUGUUACUCAUUCCUGUUGUGUGACUUUAGGAGAAACAAGUACAGCAUAAUCCAAUCAUCAGUAGUAGUUUCUCACCUGCUGUUGUGUAAGAAAUCCUAGAAGAGCCCUUUUAGCAAAAAAAACCAGCUGCCAACCAUUUUGAUAAUCUACUUUCAAGUAUAACACAUUUUAUGAAGGCACUACUUGCAGAUGACACCCUGUCAACACCAUAAAUUAAAGAAUAAUGCUAACAAAAAAAUAAAUUCUUAACACUAGUUUUUCCUGUAUUCUAAGUAGUUUGUCUUAUAUUGUAAUAUAAUAAAUGCUAUUAACGCACUGCUUACAGAAGACAACUAACAACACUUUCUUGUCAUAUACUUCAACAUACUGAAGUAAGAAACUCUUUUUGGAAGUUGUGAUUCUUAUAAUAUUUGAUUGUUUUCAAUAAUUUAUUGUAAAUUUGGUGUACUAUUAUGCAUCAGGAAUACCAUCUUAGCCUGUGUAUCCUGUUCAUGUGCAGUCAAAUUCUGUAAAUUUGAUAUUAAGCUGUAUCAAUAGUGUACUGAUUUCUUUUUCUGUGGCUUGUAGUCAUAAUUAUGAUGUAUAUUUAAUAAAUAUUCAGUGGUCUUAUUAAAA